UGAUGGUGUAGGUCUGUCUCCUCGAUCCAUUGGAAUAAUUCUCCAAGCAGGUGUAUUUGGUCAUGAAAUUAGAAUCCCAAAAUACUAAAUAUUCCAAAGGGAGCAGACAAAACUGUCCUAGGUGCAACCAGCUCCACUCCCAAGCUUUGAGCAAUCUCCCACCCAUUAUUCAUAGGCUUUAGAGAUGUCCCAAGUGUUAUCUCUUUCAGUGUCAGAAGAUGAACAUCCCAAAAAAGUGAGUCUUGAGGCUAUUGGAGCUGCUGGACAUAAGAUGGGAGCUGGUGGCGAGGUGAAGUGUGUUAUAGGAACAAAUUCUUUGGCUUUAGCAGAAAGAAGGGAAGGCCUUGCGAGGGGGAGUCUGGAGAAGGGGGGUAUGGUUUUUUCCUCUUGGGGGCAAACUUCCAACUUGAAUAAAGUGGAGGAAAUGUACAUAGAGGUAUCAGUGGGAGUUGGGGUUGAAAAAGCACAAAUGAAGGCCCUAUCAAUGAAGGGUGCAGGAGGGGGGGUAGCCCUAGAGAGGUGUUUAAGUACUAGCUCCAAUCUGGAGUUGAAGGAUGUAAAACCAUAACCUUGUUGGCCUUCUGGGAUGAAAAUCAUACUCCGCCCGUCUUGUCUCCUUUCUGUAAGUUGAAGAGAAGAUCCUUUGGGGCUGGCUCUAAAUCGAAUGAAGAGUGAGCGGUUGUGUUCUGUCUUGACAAGACAAGGUAUGGAUCCGUCCGUGGUAAAUUUGUAUAGUGUAUUAAGAAGCCAGUACCCAGCAUCCAAACCUAGCCAUAUACAGUGCUUCUUUUUCUUGAAAAGCUCAGAAAUACAGAUCUUUUUAUUAUACACCGAAGUGGAUAGUGUAAAUUCCUUCUCAAAAAUUUUAAAGACCAUUGGUAUGAUAUUCUUCACAUGAGGGGGUGGAAGGGAAUUACCAUCCUUUUCUGGUGGCGCCUUCGAGUCGUGAGUCUCUUGUGUGACCG